UCUUCCACUCCUACUUGGGUACGAAAGCAAAAACAAAAUGCAAGGCCAUCGCUUCUUCGCCGUCGCGCCUGUACAUCUUUGCGCAGCAUCCGAUUUUCAUUCAAGCGUCUACAAUAUCAUCAUUAGACGACCAAAAGUGAGUUUAACUUCAUUUAGUAGAUUUUUUGACAUCAGACCCUCCAAAAUGCAAAGGCCUGCGUGCCGGCGGGCUUUUGAAUACUCAACAAUUCGAGAAUGGAUUCCGUAUUUUGAUCCGAAGUCAAUAGCAUACUUCCUUCUGACGUAUACACCGUUGCCUUGCUCUUAAUGUAAGAGGUGUCAGCGAGUGACAGUUUCAAGUGAGUGCGCCGAAGCAGCUAUCUAUCAACAUCACUUGAAAUUACUGUGCAAGCGAGUUUGCGCUCGAGUGGGCUAAUAACACUAAGACACACAGAGCCAGCUUCGUUUGCGCACCAAGUCCUCUAGUCCGUCAAGGUUUGUUGGAGGUUUGGCCAUGAAUGGGAGUGAUAGUAGCGAGCCCUGCGGUAGCCACUACACCCCAUGGUCUCUUAUCGCUCAGGCAGGGUUUGUCGUUGUCAUUUUAUUUCUAGACUUGUUCGGAAACCUACUAGUGUGUGUGGCAAUCUAUCGAUACCGACGUCUUCGCAGUGUUACAAACUACUUAAUCGGGUCACUGGCCGUCAGCGAUCUGCUGGUAGCAUGUUUAUCCAUGCCGUUUCGGAUAUAUCACACGUUACAUCUCAUGUGCUGGGAUCUUGGCCUGUCUGUCUGCAAAUUUUGGAUCUUUGUGGACGCGCUCUGUUCCGGCGCAUCGAUCUGCAACCUGAGCUUGAUAGCCAUUGAUCGCUACCUUGUACUCUCUUGUCCUUUUUCAUACCGCGAAAAGAUGCGCAAACCCCGAGGUUUUAUAGCCAUUCUCGCGGUUUGGUUGUACGCGUUCGUCAUCGCGUCACUCUCGUUGACAGAACCAUGGUCGCCAGACGGUUUCAACGCCAGUUUUCCUGCGUGCGCGAAAAUGGAUAAGUAUUAUUACGCCUUUGCUAUAACAAUGAGCUUCUUCCUUCCUUUGGUUGUUCUAAUAAUUGCUUAUUCCAUGGUCUUUAAAGUUGCUCGCAAACAGGCAUGUUUGGUUCGCCGGGCUAACGACUCGCAAGGCCACCUGGAGUAUCGUACAGAAACAAGUGUCGUAAGCUCGUUUAGAGAAACCCAGACAAGAGAAAGUACAAGAAAAAAGCGCCGCAGACGUAAAUCUAUCGUUCGAGAGCUCAAAGCUACCAAGACCCUCUCCAUCGUCAUAGGAACAUUUAUAACUUGCUGGGCGCCAUUCUUUAUAAUCAUGUUCAUUGUGCAGUUCUGUCAUGAUUGUGUGUACAACUCCUGGUUGACGAAGGAGGCACAGAUGACUAUUGGGACGGUGUUUGUUUAUGUACUGCCUCUACUAAACAGUGCAGCGAACCCCAUAAUUUACUCAAAAUUCAACGCAGACUUUCGCCUAGCCUUCAAGGAUAUCUUAAUGAGCAUGUUCAGACUGCAUCGUAUUUGAAAAAGGGCGGUUUCUUAUUAUUAGAGUCGCAUGAACUGGUAUGAGUCUACAAAGUACACUUAAUAUAUUGAGCAGUCGAUUAUAUAUGAGCCUGCAACGUAUACUUGAUAUAUUGGAAAGUCGAAUAUCAGCGUUUGGCUUUUUAUACAGUCGUUUGACAAAAGUUUGUCGUCAACCGGCUUUGCGACUACGCGACAAGCCCGCAUGUAAGCAUGGGUAAAAACUACUGACAUGCCUAGCUGCAUAUAUUUGCAGCUAAUAAGCAGCAAGUCUGGGUUAUGCAGUGGCAAAAAAUUAUAUAAAUAUUUUGGAAUUGAAAAAAAAUCAAAAUGAAUACAAACGUUAGUUAAGGGGGGCUCACAUUAGUUCCUAAGAUGUUUUCUAUGGUGUUGCGCAAGGAGUUCGGUGCAUGUAGCUCGAGGAAAAAGCCCUUUAAUGGGUUUGGAGAGUGUUUUGGAGUAAGUCGGACCUAAAGGUUAAUCGCAAAAAUGAGAAACAAAUACCUACUAUUUCGCUACCUUUUUACUGUAGAAAACCUGAUUCCAUGAAAAACAAGGAUGCUACUUAUUUGCGAUUUUAAUUGAACUCACAAAAAACACGGCGCGGUAGACGUAAACUUAAAUUCAUUCGCGAAGUAAAUUAUGCCGUUACACGAUUGGUAGACUUCUUGGCAUAAUUAAGAUAUUAAGAUUAACAGAAAUGUGAAAAUGAUUUGUGUACUUCUUCAAAAACUAUUUUCAUCCGUUUCUAAUCGCUCUUGAAUUCAAGAGAGGUUUCAUUAUAGACAGGAAAAUGAUUGAAAAAAACUUGAGUCGGCAUCGUUUGUCGAAGCUCAUGAGGGGUACAUGUUUUCCCCGUGAUAUUUUUCUGACGCGAGAGCUGAAUAAAGCCGAAGUUUUCUGCACAUUGGAGU